AUGGCGUGGCAGAUGUCAGAGGCUGAGACUGUGGCGAGGUCAAAAACAAACAUAGUUCUGAUCAUGGCCUGUGCAGGUUUUCUGGCCCUGUUUGCCUCCCAGAAGAAAAACUCUGUUCUGGUGAGUUCGAUGGUGGUAACAGCGGCGUUGUCGUGUGUGGCGGCUCUGUGUGUGUCUGCUUAUUCCUCUCUGACACUGACCUAUGGAGAGGACAAUCAAGAAGUCUUCCACCACCACGACAGUCCUCAAGUGACAUUUGUCCUGCAUCGUGUGGUUAAAGGCUCUAAUGCUACCAUUCUGCUGUCCUGUGUCAUCAGCCUGGUUCUGUCCCUGCUCAUUGUCCACAUUGGAUGUCGCAGUCUGCCAUGCUGUGCCUGCUACGACUCCACAACUGGACUGGAGAUGCUGCUUCCUCAGAGUGAGCCUGCAGACGCUGAGCUGGUGUGUCAGUGGACAGGAGGAGACACGAGGCUCUUUAACGCUCCAGUUCAGUUGACUGACCAGGGCACCACAGAAGAAGCAGCUGAGGGUCCGUCCAAUCUGCCCCCAUACAGCAGACUGACCUGAUCCACGUCAGACCCCAACUAAUCCUCACCACGGACCACAGUCUAUGCGGACGACACACUUCUUACUUUUGCUGGAGAUUGCAGGCAGGACUCAGCCUGCGCGCACACACACACACACACACUUCAAGUCGUGGCAGU